GAGAAGGCCGACCUGGGCGAGGUGAACUUCUCCCUCUGUUACCUGCCCACGGCCGGGCGCCUCACGGUCACCGUCAUCCGCGCCUCCAACCUGCGCGCCAUGGACCUCACCGGCUACUCAGACCCCUACGUGAAGGCCUCGCUGAUGGCCGAGGGCCGGCGGCUGAAGAAGCGCAAGACGUCCAUCAAGAAGAACACGCUGAACCCCAACUACAACGAGGCGCUGGUCUUCGACGUCCCCCACGAGAGCGUGCACCACGUCAGCCUCACCAUCGCCGUCGUCGACUACGACUGCAUCGGGCACAACGAGGUGAUCGGGCUGUGCCGCGUGGGCAGCGACGCCGACGGCCCCGGCCGCGAGCACUGGGCGCAGAUGUUGGCGAACCCCCGCAAGCCCAUCGAGCACUGGCACACCCUGGUGGAGGAGAAGGCUCUGACCAAGGCGGCCCCGCGGGACAAAGCGGCCCUGGGGGAGCCCCUGGGCCCGGCCUGA